AUGGUGUCAGUUCCAGAGCACACUAUGGACGAGGUUCCCCUCCAGGAGGAAGACGAGGACACCAUGGAGUACCGGGUGUUGAUGGCCUAUGCCCAGCGCUCACUUUCUAAAAGUAAAUUUUUGGAACUGCAGAGGGCGGUGGGCCAGACAACCAUCAGUAAUGGGAAGGAGGAAAAAGCCAACGAGGAAACAAAAAACCCCAAAAGCAAACAAAAAAAGAAGCGCUGGCCAAAAACACUGACUCCUGCAUGCCUCCGACCACCAAAGAGCAAGAAGAAAACAAUGAAUGAUUCUCUGGGAAAGACGAAGGACCCAGAGGAAGAGAGAGCCAGGAGUAUUGUCAGAGGGGUGCAGCGCAUUGUAGAGAAGAUUAAAAAGCAAGAAAAAGAAAAUGGCUUCCGGAUGUAUAGACGUGUUUCCAGUGUCCAGCAGGAUGGUGAUGAUGAAGAUGAAUUAAUUGCCAACAUCGUCCAGAUUCUGAGAGCAACAGGAGACAGAAUGAAUGACCAGAUAAAGGAGGAAAGAACUCUCAUGGAAAGAAUUAGAGGGCUGUGGUCAUACAACUUCUACAAGAAAGUGACAGACUGUUUUCUUUUGGAGAUCGUCCCCACCUAUGAUGCAGAAGAAGAGCAGCAAACUAGUAAGAUUGCGAUGUGCCUCCAUGCCACCACUGCCCUCACCACACUAGAAAAUCAACCAAUGAACAAGAUCCUUGGUUUUGGCACCCGAUAUCUCAAAGAGAACUACUCCCCCUGGAUUCAGAGCAGAGGAGGAUGGGAAAACGUUAUGGGAAUCCAAACUGAGGAGGAGGAGAUAGAAUGA